AUGUCAAGUUGUGGAUUUCAGCCGACGGGCACACUUGUCGCUGCUAGUGAGGAGAAGAAGGCUCUGAGUCUUCCUGGUGAAUACUCUGUCAUUCCUAAUGAACCGGCAUUUUGUGCAAAUCGGUUUGGAACGACAUUCCUCAAUAAUCUUCGUGAUUCGGCGACGCAGUACUGCAAUCAGUCAUCCACUCUAACCUGCUUUCAUACUCGGACUGUGAGCGACCGAUGGGAUUCGUUCUGCUUUGGGAAGGGGGCCAGAUAUGACCCCAAUGAAGAUAAAUUUCACCUGAAGUGCGACCUGGUCCAAAAAGCAGAGCCCGACUUGAAACAAAUAGUGUUCGAACACGCCCCAAGUUUCCCAAACUUCGAUGAACUUAAGAAGUACUGGUAUGACACCGGUCCACCCGUAGUCUUCAAUGGCUGGGUUCAAAUGGACAGUGAAGCCGAUUCACCCCUGGAAAAGACCGAUAGUUAUACAAUAUUGGUCAAGCGGGAAGGUGCCACCAACCAUUGGCAUUCAUUAAUGGAGAUAUAUUCAAUGACCCUCAGUAUGGAUGUUCUACAAAUCACACCUCAAUCGACAGAUUCCACUCCAUUCUACGACGCCAAACGCGAUGCGCCGAACACACGAGUAGUCAUUGUCGACAACCACCCGGAUGGGCCAUAUUAUGACAUGUGGUCACUCCUCACAAAGAAGCCAGCUCUCCGUUCCAAAGAUCUUCCUGACAACACAACCUUUGACAACAUCAUUAUACCACUUGCUGGUGCUGGAAACACACUCUGGCAGGGUGACUGGGAAGUCAACUCUUGUGAAAAGUCGGCCCUUUUAAAUACGUUUGCCAAUCGGGUACUAUCUAUGUACGGGUUGAAUGACACCGAGCCGCGACACAAUGAGAAAAUCACGUUUACAUUCAUCAACCGAGCUUCUGGGCGAAAACUCGUCAAUCAAACGCAAUAUUUGAAGCGGCUCCAGGAGGAAUACCCUCUGGUCAAGGUUCAAUCAAUUGAUUUUGCCGCAAUAUCCUACAAAGAUCAAUUACAGAUCAUUCAAGAAUCAGAUAUACUGGCCGGUGUCCACGGGGCAGGUCUCACACACGGCAUCUUCCUGCCUCCUGGGUCAGCUAUGGUGGAAAUCCUACCACCUGGGUUAAAUCACAAGGGCUUCCGCAAUGUUGCUUCCCUGCGGGGUCAUAACUACUUCAGCACGCAUGCGUCGGAACCACCUUCAGUCCACGAGGGAGACUGGCACUCUGAGGAUGUUUACCUGGAUGUUGAGCGAUUUACCUCUGUGAUGAAUGUAGCUAUCAAGGCAAUGUACAACAAAGGCAUGCGAAGCUAUGAUGUUUGA